AUUGAUAUUUAAGUUAUUUAUAGAGGUUAAUUUUUCGAAUGUGUUUAUUUUGAAUAAUCGCUUAUAUCAUUUAUCUUAAAUUAUUAUAUUUUAUUAAAAUUUAUAUAUAAAUAGAUGUAAUAUAAUGAUUUAUUUUAAUUAUAUUAAUAUAAUUUGAUAAAAUUCAAAUAAUAUUAAUUAGAAUUUAUAGUAUAUUCUAAGAUAUACUAUACUAAUUUUAAUACUAAUCUUAUAAUAAUUAUUAUGUUAUACAUUUAAUUAUAUUAAUGAUAAUUAUUAUUUAUUUAUUUUUGAUAUAUUAAAUAUUAAGUAUUGUUAUUUAAAUUUUAUCUAACAUAGCAUAUUUGUUAAUGUUCAACAUGUUUAUUACACAAAUAUCAAUUAUGAAUAGAAAUUUUUGUUUAAAACAAAAUAUAUCAUUACAAAUUUUAAAAUAUUCAAGUGUGAUUAGAAAACAAACGCCAGUUGAAUAUUGUUUGGAAUUAGUUAGAAAUUAUGAUUAUGAAAAUUAUUUAUGUACAUUAUUGUUAUCACAUAAAAAUAAAGCAGCUGCAUUUGUAAUCCGUGCAUUUAAUGUUGAAAUAGCUCAAAUAAAAGACCAAGUACAUGAUUAUAAAAUAGGAGAAAUGAGAUUAAAAUUUUGGAUAGAUGCAUUAAAUAAUACAUAUAAAGGAAAUCCUCCAAGAAGUCCUGUUAUGUUAGCAUUACAUACAAUUUUACAGAAAUAUUCUCUUUCUAAACAUUAUUUCAAACGUCUCAUUGAUAUAAGACUUGAAAAACUUAAAGAUUAUUCAUUUAAUGAUAUGAGUGCAAUAGAAAAAUAUACAGAAUAUAAUAGUUCUUCUAUUUAUUAUCUUUUAUUGCAAGCACAUGGUGUGACUAAUAUUAAUGCUGAUCAUGCUGCGAGUCAUAUGGGCAAGGCUCAUGGCAUUGUGAAUUUAAUUCGAUCAGUUCCAUAUAAUGCUAGUAAAAGAGUAAAUAUGUUGCCACAAGAUAUAUUAAUGAAACAUAAUGUAUCUACAGAAGCUGUAUUACAAGGUCAAUCAAGUAAAGAUCUUCAAAAUGUAAUAUAUGAUAUAGCUUCUUAUGGAAAACUACAUUUAGAUGCUACAAUUUCUCUUAAACGUAAAGUGGAGAAAGAAGCACAUUUAAUUUUUUUACCAAUAAUUUGUCUUCAAAAAUAUUUAAAUGAAUUGAGAAGAGCAGAUUUUAAUAUCUUUGAUGCAAGAUUACAGAAAAAGAAUCAUUUACUUCCUUUAUACUUAUAUUGGAAAAGUUACACAUAUUAAACUUGACUUAUAAAUAUUUAUUAUAUAAAUUUAGUUUUAAUUUAAAUUAUUUCAAUUAAAAUAUUAUAAAAUAUUAAAAAUAAUAAUCACAUAUAUAACAAUAAAAUUAAAUAUUAUAAUCUCAUUAAUAUAUAAAUUUUUAAAAUUGUUAUUUUGUGAUUUGUUUUUUUGUGAUAUUUAGUUAUUAAUUAAUUAUUAAGAUAUAGAUAUGUAUAAUAUAAAAACUUUCAAUAAAAGUUAAAAUUA